AAAAAUUAAAGACCAGCGAAAUGAGGGACAAAAAUUAAAGAGCAGAAGGACAGUCCACGCAAUUUUUUUUUGUAAAGUCAUCGCCGCACUUUAGACUGGUAUUUCCGGCGAGAUCGGCGUUCCGUCAAUAUCUCCGUCGCCAAAACAUCCCCAUUUUUAUCGGCGGAGCAUUUCUGUAGUGGUCGGCAUCUUCGUCGCUAAUGCAUAUCACUGUACAUAGUGAGGGAUUAUGGGUUUAUUUAGGAGACUAUCUGGAUUUCUAGGGUUUUCUAGAGAUGAAGGUAAUAUAGCACCAUCUUCAGUGGAUGCAGCUGCUCAAGCUCAAAAUGUUCCCCGCAGAGGUUUCAGUGUCCCUAUUCAAGUCCCCGUUGAGAGACCACAAUUCGCCCCUAUCCUUGUUCCUUGUAGUUUACUCCAUGGUGGCGUUCAGGGAUUGAGAUGGUAUGCCAAGCGUCUUAGGAUAGAUGAAGAUGGAGAUGUUGCAGAUGAAUUUCUUGUUGAGAUCCUUCGAGACACACCCUCAAGCACAGAAGAGCACCACAGGCAAUAUCCCAAGUUCGAACUGAAGUCUACAAAACCUGCUAAGGUAACAAGCCAGGUACUCUCAGCUGCUGGUAAAAUUCAACAUCGAGUGGAACAUCAAGGCAGAUUGGAGUGGAUUUGAUACAGUGAUUAGUUGAUCAUAUUUGAGGUUGAGAUUUGACUAAAUUACUGCUGGCAGGUACAUUAUUUUGCUUCAUUCUCAAGUACUAAAGGUAUAUUAUUUGGGCAAUCAAUGUUCUCAUCUCUGCUUUGUUAGAACUGUCCUGAUGCCAGGAAGCAAGGUUUCAUUCUUAAAACAGCAUAAUUGUACUCGAAAAACUAUCAAUGUAUACAUGAUAUUGAACUGUCAAAAUGUUAGGUUUUCAUACUCA